UCUCUGCCGCUGUUGCUGAGACAGCCUCUGCUGCUGAGACCGCUGUGGCAGCCUCAGCACAAUCUCGUCAAGGUAGGGGAAACCAGGCCUGGAAAGGGCGUGGCGGCGGGAGGGGUGGCGGCGGUAGCAGGGGUGGCGAAGGUGGCAGUGGUGGUGGAGGGGACGGUGGUGCAGACGAAGGGACCGGGACUGGUGCCCCGGCGCAGCAGCAGGAGCAGCAGCAGGAGCAGCAGCAGGAGCAGCAGCCCCAGCAAUAGCAGCAGCAGCAGUAGUCGCAGCAGCAGCAGCCGUGGGCACCCCCACCGCUGUGGUGGCCUGGAGGCUCUGGUGGUGGUGGUCGUGGAAGUGGGCCACGCAGCUCGGUGUCGGGUGGCGGCUCCAGUGCAAUGACCUGCCAGUUCCAGCUUAGGUCCGA